UAUCGCUGGUACAGCGGAGGAGAAGCGCUCCGCUCUGUGAUCUAGUGUAUUUGCCUCCCUCUGCACUUGUUUUGGAUUUCUAAAAUCUUCCCAUAGCCUUCCAGCCCGUCGGACUUUGUCUUCUCUGGACUCGAGGAUACCUGAAGCGGUUCUAUCGCCUUUUACGCAGCGCGGAUUAUUGUGGAUCUGACCGCCGGACGCCGAGGCGCCGCGGAGGAGCGGAGAUGGAGCUGCUCGUGUUGAGUCUCUCCCUUUGGAUACUGCAAAGCAACACGGUGGAUGCGGACUCCAUCAUCCACAUCGGCGCUAUCUUUGAGGAGAACGCGCUACGGGACGAGGAGGUAUUCCAGCUGGCGAUCUCAGACCUCAGCCUCAGCGAUGACGUGCUGCAGAGUGAGAAGAUCACCCACUCCAUCAAGCUGAUCGAGCCCAACAACCCCUUCCAGGCUGUGCAAGAAGCCUGCGAGCUGAUGAACCAGGGCAUCUUGGCGCUGGUGACCUCCCGGGGGUGCGCCGCGGCCAGCGCCCUGCAGACCCUGACCGACGCCAUGCACAUCCCGCACCUCUACGUGCAGCGCAAGGGCGAGGGGUCGCCGCGGACCGGCUGCCACCUCAACCCAAGCCCGGGGGGGCAGCGCUACACGCUGUCCGCUCGCCCACCCGUACGCCUUAACGACGUCAUGCUGACCCUCGUGGAAGAGCUGCGCUGGCAGAAGUUCAUCAUCUUUUACGACACUGAGUAUGAUAUCCGUGGGCUGCAGGGAUUCCUGGACCAGACCUCGCGGCAGGGUGUGGACGUGGCCCUGCAGAGGGUGGACCGCAACAUCAGCCAGGUGUUCACCAACCUCUUCACCACCAUGAGGACCGAGGAGCUCAACAAGUACCGGGACACUCUGCGCAGGGCCAUCCUGCUGCUCAGCCCCCACGGAGCACACACCUUCAUCCAGCAGGCGGUGGAGACAAAUCUGGCGUCCAAAGAUAGUCACUGGGUGUUUGUCAAUGAGGAGAUCAGCGACACAGAGAUCCUGGAGCUAACCCACAGUGCACUUGGGCGCAUGACGGUGGCCAGGCAGAUCUUCCCCGUGGUGAAGGACAGCCCCCUGCGCUGCAUCCGCCACAACAACCACCGCAUCUCCUCCCUGCUGUGCGACCCGCAGGAGGGCUACCUGAAGAACCUCGAGGUAUCCAACCUCUACCUGUACGACAGCGUGUUGAUGCUGGCCAACGCCUUCUACAGGAAGUUGGAAGACAGGAAGUGGCACAGCAUGGCCAGCCUCAACUGCAUCAAGAAGACCACCAAGCCCUGGAACGGAGGCUGGUCCAUGCUGGAGACCAUCCAGAAGGGUAAUAUAACAGGACUGACGGGGUUGAUGGACUUCAAAGACAGCGGCUCCAACUCUCAUGUCCAGUUUGAGAUCCUGGGAUCCAGUUUCAGCGAGUCCUUCGGCAAGGAUGUCAAGAGGCUGGCAACCUGGGACUCGGUGCACGGGCUGAACGGCAGCUUGAAGGAAAGCCGCAUCGAGAACGGGAUGCAAGGGGUGACCGUCAAGGUUGUCACUUUACUGGAAGACCCCUUUGUAAUGGUGGCUGAGAACAUCCUGGGCCAGCCCAAGCGGUACAAGGGCUUCUCCAUCGAUGUGCUGGACGCCCUCGCCAAGAUCCUGGGCUUCAAAUAUGACAUUUAUCAGGUGGCCGACAGCAAGUAUGGAUCCCAGCUGCCCAAUGGCUCAUGGAACGGUAUGAUCGGAGAGCUGAUCAACAAGCGAGCGGACCUGGCUGUGUCGGCCGUCACCAUCACCCCAGAGCGGGAGAACGUGGUGGACUUCAGUAAGCGCUACCUGGACUACAGCGUGGGCAUCCUAAUCCGCAAACCCGAGGAGAAGAUCAACAUCUUCUCUCUCUUCGCGCCCUUUGACCUGGCUGUGUGGGCCUGCAUCGCCGCUGCCAUCCCCGUCGUUGGGGUGCUCAUUUUCCUCCUCAACCGGCUGCAGACGCUGCGCUCCUCCUCCUCCUCCUCUGCUUCCUCCACAUCCUCUGCCGUUACCCAGAAUGCACCACCAGGCCAGACGCCAGUCGGCUCCGGGACGCUGCACAGCGCCAUCUGGAUCGUGUACGGAGCGUUCGUACAGCAAGGGGGGGACAGCGUGGCGGGCUCGGUGGCGUUGAGGAUCGUGAUGGGCAGCUGGUGGCUGUUCACCCUCAUCGUGUGUUCCUCCUACACUGCCAACCUGGCCGCCUACCUUACCGUGUCGCGCAUGGACCACGCCAUACGGUCGUUCCAGGACUUGUCCCGGCAGAUGGAGGUGGACUACGGCACGGUGCGGGACUCAGCCGUGUACGACUACUUCAAGAACAAGGGGACCAACCCCCUGGAGCAGGACAGCACCUACGCAGAGCUCUGGAGGACCAUCAGCGGGAACAGCGGCCUGGACUUCUCCGUGUCCAGCCCCUCGGAGGGCAUCCGCAAGGCGAAGAAGACGACCUACGCCUUUCUGUGGGACAUGGCCGUCCUGGAGUACGCCGCGUUGACCGACGACGAGUGUACGGUCACAGUGACGGGCAACGGCAUGAGUAGCAAGGGCUACGGCAUCGCAAUGCAGCACGGCAGCCCCUACCGAGACCUCUUCUCCCAGAAGAUCCUGGAGCUCCAGGAGAAGGGCGACCUGGACAUCCUGAAGCAGAAGUGGUGGCCGCGCAUGGGCCGCUGCGACCUGAACCGCCACGCCAGCGCCCAGCCCGACGGCCGCUCCCUCAAGCUGCACAGUUUCGCCGGCGUCUUCUGCAUCCUGGCCGCCGGCCUGCUGCUGGCCUGCCUUGUGGCGGGCAUGGAGACGUGGUGGAACGGCAACCGGUGCCGCCGGGAGCAGCCCAAAGAGGACAAGGAGGUGAACCUGGAACAGGUGCACCGUCGUAUGAACAGUCUUUUGGACGAGGACCUUGCCCACAAGCAGAUCCCCGGCCACUCUAUCGAGAUCUCUGCGUUGGACAUCGGCAGCAUGCAGCCCGGCCCGGCCUGCUCCUCGCUGAGGGUGGGAGGGAGGGAGUCCAUGCGGGACUAUCCGUCCUCGGGCCUCUCUGUGACCACCUACCUCCCCGGGGGGGAGGGGGGCCCUCAGCUGCCUCCGUCGCUGUCGCUGCCCCACAUCCUCCCUCACCCUCACCAUGGGGGGGGCACGCUGGGCCGGACAGUGGGCCACUCCCAGGCGCUGCUCCCUGGCAGCUCCACGCUGGGGCCGCCCACGCAUCACCCUCUCAGCAGCACAUCCAUCAGCGGCACCAUGCAGUGCAAACACAGGGCGCCCAACGGGGGGCUGUUCCGCCAGAGCCCCGGCAAGAAUCCCAUGCCAAUGUCCUACCAGGGAGUCUCCGGAGGACCCAUACCCGAAGCCAUUGACCCCGCCCACAGCACCUCCAUAUGAGAAAGGGGGGGUUGACCCCGCAAGCAGCACAUCCAUAUGAUAGGAGGAGGGGGAGAUUGACCACAUCAUGUCCAUAUUACAGGAGAAAGGAAAGGGGAGGGGUCAAUGAUCGACCCCGCCCACAUCCCUUCUAUAGAUAUUAGGAAGGGGUACGGCGUUCGGUGUGGUUCAGGUCGGGGUCUACGUAGGGCUUAGUGGACCCCCAUUAAUGAUGGUGGGAUGGGGGGGUCGGAGAAUGUGUUUGUGUUUGUGGGAUGGGGGGGUGCGGUGAGGGUGUAGUAAAGUAAAAUGAUUAAAAAGUGUACAAUAUUCUAAGAUUUUUAUUACUCAUUGAGAACUACCACUGUUGCUCUGGUGUUGGGGGAGGGGGUGGGAUACAGGCUGUGGCUGUACCAUUUUUCCUGUAUAUAUUUGUAAAUACUGACAGAACGAAGUGAAGUUAAAAGUGUAUUUUGAAUAUUCUCGAUUUUUGGAGUUAUAAAAAAAACGACAAAAACACAAGAUGAUUUAAAAAAGGCAAAAAAACUACAUAUAAAUUGAUUAAAAAUGAUGACUGUUUGAAUGGCUUUGUAAAUUUUGUUCAAUAUUAAAUAAUGACGCGGAAUUCAUGGUGAUUGUUUUUCUAAGUGCCGAAAUCAGAAACGAUGUCUCAACAAGUCGCUAAUCGAUUCCCAUUGCACCCCUGGUACCACUAUCUCUAUCUCUUGCCUGUCACACUGUAUUACGCAAAAAAAAAAGUUGUGGAUCCGUUUUUUGUUUUUUUCUGUGAAUUCGAAUUCUUUCAUUUCAUUCUUUUAAAAAAAAAAAAAACUUUUUUGGGGGUUUUCUUUGCAAUGCAAAUAUACAAAAAUGUAAACUCAUUUGGUUAGAUUUUUUAAUUUGUUAGUUUAAGCUAAAGCUGAAAACUAUUUUUCUAGGUGCUCCCCAUUGAUGUGUCCUCGAGCCCCAGAUCUCUCUGCUGGAUCCCACAGUCUUAUAUGUUUAAAUAUAUUAUUUCUGUACCCUGACAUAACUGCUGAGUAUGGAGCAAUGGAGAGGUGUGAAAAAGUGAGGGUAAUGUUUUGGCAAACGAAAGAAUUGAAGAAAUUGGAAAAGACUCACAGGCUUGUAAAGGUGGGAUUGUGACCAUAAAUGACCACCGGGGAAUUUCAGUACCUUGAACUGGACUAAAGAUGAUAAUGAAACAAUAUAGAAAUUAACAAAUGGCACGCAGAAACCUAAAAACAUAGUUGUUGUUGUUACCUAAAAACAUAGUUGUUAUUGCUCCUACAAGACCAUUAAAAGGAGAUAGGCAUGCCAAGUAGCGGUGUUAUCUAUUCAAUUCCUCUGAAUGCAGAAGGAAGUAGGGAGCAGAACAUCCAAUCUUAUGAUUUUUUUUCUCUAACUCAAGGAUGUAAAGGUGUGUCUCUUAACAAGGCACGCAGCAAAGCUAUUUUCACAGAGAGAGAAAGACAGAAAUAGUGACUAAUAUUGCAGGCUCUUACUGCUAAUGAGGGCAGUAAUCACCUAUAGGAUGAAAGAUGGCUGCUCUCCAAAUCUUAGAUGACUGCCUUGCAGCUGGCAUCCCUCGGUCAUGCUACAGUCCAUGAGAGUAUGCUAGUAAAAUUAUUUUAUUCAAUAUUGCUGUCCUAUCCUUUCUUUUUCCUGAAACCUUGAAUGAAAUGAUAACAGAGUCUACUUUAUUUUGUGCUUUUCAUGAUCACGAUUAACAUGCAGUUAAGACCUUUAAAGGUUUCUACAUAUUUCUUCAUGAUCAUCAUUUCUUUCUUCGAUUUGAAUUGCUAUGUGGUGUCCUGCUAUAAAGCAAGCCGGCUAUGAAGUAUUUGUUUAAAUUCUUCCCUUCAUGAAUUGUUGCCCUUUAGAAGUACUACAAUGAUUAAUGGCAGCGUCUGUAACAAUCUAGGAUAAUUUGUUUGUUUAUGUUCAAACAGGCAGUAUUUUUAUAGUAAUGAAAUAUUAUUGAGGCAAUACAACCCUGGACAGACUCGAUGGAUUUGGUAUCUGGAAUUAACAAAAUCAGGUUUCUGCAUUUAUACCUAAAUUGUAUUUUAAAAUUCCAUUCAUCAUAUUUACUAUAUAGUAUACUAUAUAUUUACAGUAUACUAUAGACUAUAUAGUAUAUGUUUAUUAUGUUACUAUAUGUAUAUGUUUUUGUGUAAAACAGCCUUCUGCUUCAUUUCGGUCAUCGUUGUAUUCGUCCAAACUAUGUGGGAAGUCACUAAUUUACUUACCCCUACUGUGGUACUCUGCGCUUAUGUUGCAUUAUUUUUUAAGCAACUAUUCUGUUUUAUUUGGUGGACAGAUAAGGCAGAAAUGACCAAUACACAUUCUCAGUCAUAAUGCUUACCAGUCAAACUGUGUCCACUUCAAAGCAGUUUUCUCCCCUUUGUUUUUGUAAUUCAGCGCUGUAAAGGUCAGACCUGUCUGAACCUUAAACACAGCUAUCAUCUAACACUUGUAAAAUAUUACAUCUGUACAAAACGCACAAUUUGUAUGCGGCCAAUCGCUAGUCAGAUAAAACUUUUCUUAAUCUGUAAACCAAUCCUUAACUCAUUUUGUAACAUUUCAGGUAUUUUACCGAAGCUAAUCUCGAGGUCCAGAGUUUGUGUUCCUCAAACUGAAGCGCUGACUGGCUAAGAGUGAGAACCACAUUUGUUUGUUAUUGUUUGAGGGAUUUUUUGUUUAUUAGCUUCGAAAAUUCUAUGUGUGCGAGACAUCUCUUGUAGCUGUUGAAUUUAGGGAAUUCAAAGUGUUAGAAUUGAACCCGGAGUUGAGUCAUUACACUGUUUCCCCCCUCCUCCCUUUCACCCCCUUCCCCCUACGGGAAAGGGAAAAUGAAAAUAAUCUGCCAUAGCAUAUAGUCUGUAACAGUACAUCUAAGGGAGACUAUUAUUUUAUUUAUGAAUAUGCUGCUUGGAGUUUCUUAAACUUUAAUAAAGA